AGCGUUACAAAGCGCCUCGCCGCAGAUUCCAGUGUGGAUGGAGGAGAGAGAAGGUGGGAGACAACCCGAAGACAACAUCAGUAUAUGUAGCUUCUUUUUAGAGCCUCUCUAAGGCGACACCACCACACCGAUCUGUACCCUCCUCCCUCCUCUCCACUUGUAUAUAAACCCCCCUCACCGCUGCUCUACUCUUCGCACCGCUCGCUCCACCUCUUCAUUCCUUCGUCUCAGGUGGUGGCUGAGAUGGCGGACGUGGACGCGAGGAAAGUGUGUGGCGUGCCGGAGAGGGUGCAGCUGCACGUGGCCAUGCUGGCCCUGCAGUUUGGCUACGCCGGCUUCCAUGUCGUCUCCCGGGCGGCCCUUAAUAUGGGGAUCAGUAAGGUGGUCUUCCCCGUCUACCGCAACAUCAUCGCCUUGAUCCUCCUCGUCCCGUUUGCCUACUUCCUGGAAAAGAAGGACAGGCCGGCUAUGACGCUCUCCUUCACCGUCCAGUUCUUCCUCCUAGCUUUGUGUGGUAUUACCGCGAACCAGGGUUUCUAUCUACUCGGCCUCGAGUACACCUCACCGACCUUCGCCUCCGCCAUCCAGAACUCUGUCCCGGCCAUCACCUUCCUCAUGGCCGCCGUUCUCAGGAUAGAGAAGGUGCGGAUCGACCGACGCGACGGGAUCGCGAAGCUGGUGGGAACCCUGGCCUGCGUCGGCGGCGCCACCGUCAUCACCUUGUACAAAGGCCCGACCAUCUUCGGCCCCUCGCGCGCUCUCAACGGAGCAGACCAGUUCAUGGCGCCAACCAUGGGCAAGGACUGGACGCUGGGCUGCUUGUACCUCAUCGGCCACUGCCUCUCCUGGUCGGGCUGGCUCGUGCUCCAGGCGCCGUUGCUGAAGAAGUACCCGGCCCGGCUGUCCGUCACCUCCUACACAUGCUUCUUCGGGGUGAUCCAGUUCUUGGUCAUCGCCGCCUUCAUCGAGCGGGAUGCCGAGGCCUGGAAGUUCCACUCCGGCGGCGAGUUCUUCACCAUUCUGUACGCGGGAUUUGUGGCGUCCGGCAUCGCCUUCGCGGUGCAAAUCUGGUGCAUCGACAGGGGCGGCCCCGUGUUCGUGGCCGUCUACCAGCCGGUCCAGACUCUGGUCGUCGCCAUCAUGGCCGCCAUCGCCUUGGGCGAGGAGUUCUACCUCGGCGGCAUAAUUGGAGCCAUCUUCAUCAUAGCUGGGCUCUAUCUGGUGCUAUGGGGGAAGAGUGAAGAAAGAGGCUUUGCUGCCAUGGAAGCGGCCAUCGCUGCCUCCUCCAACCCCGAGCACGAUGCUGUCAGAGCUGCUGCUUCCUUCAAGGCUUCCUCUCUGAAGCAGCCACUCCUGCCAUCAACAACCUCAGAGAGUGUCUGAUGAGGAGCUCCUUUGUGCUACCAUGAAAGAGCAGCAGCCUUACAUUAUGCUCACUCGAAUCCUUUGAGCUUUCGCUUAGGGGAAAACUGCUGCUGUAAGAAGAAAAGGGAAGAAGAGACAUGCUUAGUGUUGCUAUUCUGCUGAGAUUUAGUUUGAGGUUUGCCUUA